AUGUCGCUGGUCGAUUAUCCAGAUUCUGCCUCGGAUGAUGAUGAUAAGAGCCUCGGUGCCUCUGCCCACACGGCACAAUCUGCCGCCAAACCUACAUCGAAGCGCAAGCACAGCGCCUCUGGGGAUGCCCUGCCACCGCUUCCGCCAGCCUUUCACGACCUAUACGCGACAAAUGCGCGCGUCAGCACUAGCGACAACCCAAGCCUACACGGUGGACGAAAACGGGCUGUACCUCACGUCGAGGGCAAGUGGCCUAGUCAUGUUUACUUAGAGUGGAUACCUACACAGCCUGAGUCUGAUGCUUUAUACAGCCUACUGCAGCAUGUGAGAGAUACUAUUAAUCUUGAAAAUGCCAAACGAACGAAGAAACUGCCCGUACCAGAGAUCAUACCAUCUCUUCAAUCAGAACUGGGUGCGUCGCUACCUCUUCACGUCUCCUUGUCGCGCACCUUGCAAAUCAACACCGACAGCAGAGAGCCUUUUCUGGAAUCAUUAAGUGUUGCUGUGCGGCGGUCCGCAGUGCGCGCUUUCAAUUUUGAGUUUCAGAACUUGAAAUGGGUGUCCAACUUCGAUCGCAAUCGAUGGUUUCUAGUCCUUGGCGUUAAGAAGUCCGCGCUCAACGAACUUAACCGCCUGCUACAAGCAUGCAACGACGCGACCCAAUACAGCGGUCAUCCAGGUCUGUAUACAGGCGGAGUGGGAGACGGUCCGAAGGAAAGCCAUGACUCCAACGACGGUCCGAAGCGGAGGAAGGUCGACAAGAAUGAGCCUCAAAGCCAUGAUUAUUCGCAAUAUUUCCACGUCAGCAUUGCUUGGAACCUGGCCCAGCCUGACCCUGAGUGGGUUGCUCUGGUCCAAAAUAUCGACACCAGUAAGUUCGUUCAGGCACCUGAGGCUGCUUUUGAUGCUGUCAAAGUGAGGAUUGGAAACACAGUCCAUAAUAUUGCCCUGGCUAGCAAGAGAGCCGGUCUGGGGAGGGUCGGAGGAAGGCUGGGUUUGGCAUGA